ACACUGAAUCUUACGACAAAACACACACUGUGAUGAAGCAUGCAAAUGAGUGAUAAGUUUGACGGAGUGAUAAUGAGAGCGGGCCAUAUAAAUGUCUUAUAACUCAAUCAGACUCCCACAAGAUUUGCCAAUAUACUACAAAAACUUCUUCCCAGUCAAACCAUUCACAAAAUGGCUCUGCUACGGACAGAAUUACGGAGACUAUUUCAACCGCCGAGAAUUCACAUUCAUCCUGGCAGAUGAUGUUCAUAUCAGAUAUCGUAGUUACAAUGACGAACACUCAUUUGUCAAAGCACUUUCAAGUACUAAUCCUGAAAAACUUGAUAUUGGAGCUGUCUACAAUCACGAGCCAAUUAACAACAAGAGAUAUACAGAUUACCAAGCUGUGGAACGAGAAUUGGUUUUUGAUAUCGAUUUGACCGACUACGAUCCAGUUCGUAAUUGUUGCAAAGAUGCCACCGUCUGCCCAAAAUGCUGGAAAUUCAUGGUUCUCGCUGUCAGAAUCUUAGACUUCCAACUGGAAGAAAUGUUCAAUUUCAAAGCACGAAUGUGGGUCUUUUCUGGUAGACGUGGAGUACAUUGUUGGGUCGGCGACAAGAAAGCGAGGAUGCUGAACAACAAUCAAAGGUCUGCAAUUGCGACUAGACUCAAUUUAUUCAAGAAAAAUGGUCAAUGCGAGGUGACUGAAGGUCGGGCCAAAUUGACGAGAGUUCCGCCGACUGUGCGUGACGCUUUUAAUGUUGCAUUGAAAGAUGGAGUUUUCGAGAAAAUGAUCUAUGAACAGGGAUGGCUGGAUAAUGAUCGUUUUAUCAUAGAUUACCAGUAUAUGUCCGAAUUCGGCAGAGAUGACUUGCGUAGAAUAUCCGAGUCUUUCAAAACUCCACAAGAACGCUGGCACAUGCUUCGUGGGCUUUUUGAUAACGACUAUCGCAAAACGCUUUCUCAAAAUGACGGACUUCUCGAUUUUACAAUGCAAGGUCGCGACCGAAAAAGGUUCUUCUCUACUUUGUUCUUCAACGAUGUUAUCCACGUCUUGAUGCAAAUGUAACUACAGGCACAAAUCACUUGCUCAAAUCCCCAUUCUGUAUUCAUCCGAAGACCGGAAACGUUGCUGUUCCUCUGAAUGUCGAAAAAAUUGGCGAGUUCGAUGUAAGCAAAUGCCCACGAAUUGAUCAUGUCGUGGAAGAGUUAAGCAGUCUGUUGACUGAACGAGGAAACGAUGGGGACGAGGAUUCGAAGAAUCGAAAAUUCCUGGCGUACAAGCAUGGAGCUCUCUCGCCUUACGUUGAAAACUUUGAAAUGUUUGUAUCGGCUUGCAUUUCAUAAAUUACUUUCAUCUUUCUUAUAUUGUAACAUUAACAUGAACGCAUUAACAAGACUUUUAUGUUCUAAAACGAAAAACUGAAUGAAUUACACGAAUUUUGAAUUUCAAUGGUUUGUUCUCGAUUUAAUUUGGAAAUUUGAAAAUAAUAAAGUUUUGUAUAUUU